AUGAAGUUUUCUUUGUUGCAUUUCGCAGGCCUGCUCGGCGUUGCAAAUGCUUGGUUAGAUCCCAUUGUGAUCAAGGGCUCUAAAUUCUAUUACUCUAGCAACGAGACCCAGUUUUUCCUUCGUGGCGUCGCUUAUCAACAGACCGCCUCUUCCACUGACCUGAAUGACCCCCUGGCCAAUCCUACUGCUUGCAAGCGUGAUAUCCCAUAUAUGCAGGAGCUUCGAACCAAUGUCAUCCGAACAUACUCUAUCAACACCACUGCGGAUCAUUCCGAAUGUAUGAAGCUCCUCGCAGAGGCCGGCAUUUACGUGAUCUCCGACAUGUCUAACUCAAACGAUGCCAUCGAUCGCGAUGACCCAACCUGGGAAACCACCCUUUACUCGCACUACAAGGAAGUGGUCGACGAGCUUGCACAGUACAACAACACCAUCGGUUUCUUUGCCGGAAAUGAAAUCAUGAAUAGUGUUGGUACAACCGAGGCAGCCCCAUAUGUGAAGGCCGCGGUCCGUGAUAUCAAGGCCUACAUCAGCGAUCGGGGUUACCGCUCUAUGGGAGUCGGUUAUUCUACUGCGGAUGUGUCCUCAAUUCGAGAAGAUCUUGGCGACUUUAUGGAUUGUGAGACCAAGGCUCAGAGCAUUGACUUCCUUGGCUACAACAUCUACUCCUGGUGUGGUGAUUCGACUUAUGAGGAGUCUGGGUACGAGGCGCGCACGAAGGAGUUCGCUAACUACUCGGUGCCUGUCUUUUUCUCUGAAUAUGGCUGUAAUGCUGACCCACCCCGUAAGUUCACCGAGGUCAAGGCUCUGUAUGGAGAGACUAUGUCUAAGGUGUGGUCUGGUGGUAUUGUUUAUGAAUAUUUCCAAGAGACAAACGAUUACGGUCUUGUCUCUGUUAUUGACAGCACCAGUGUUAGCACAAUGACCGAUUUCAAGUACUAUUCAACCUCCAGUCAUGCCCCACAGAAGGCAGUGACUGGAAAGCGAAGGCAUUCCCUUUUGCCACCAUCUCCUGAUGCCGAACUCUGCGAAUGCAUGUAUGCCGAUUCCGCCUGUGUGGUAAGCAGUAGCGUGGACACGGAUGACUAUGGUACUCUAAUGGGUCUGGUUUGCGGCUACACCAGCUGUGAUGGUAUCACUGGCAAUGGAACUACGGGUAAAUACGGUAGCUACAGUAUGUGCAAUGUGAAGCAGCAACUUGCAUUCGUCCUCAACCAAUACUACGAGGACCAGGACAAGGCUGCUAAUGCAUGCAGCUUUGGUGGCUCCGCAACCACGAAGGCUACUACCAGUCCCACGGGCACUUGCUCCAAGCAGAUGAGUGAAGCUGGUACUGCUGGUACUGGUACAGUUACCACCGAGGCUACUGCGACGGCCGGAUCAUCGGGAUCAUCAGGAUCAAGCUCAUCAGCUACCGCCACAUCCACUUCCGUAUCCUUGGCUGGAUCCAGUGGGGCAUCUGAGACUUCAUUGCUCAUGGCACUCCUUGCUAGCAUCGGUUAUAAUCUGCUGUAA